CUCCUGUUCCUCCCUCUCUCCUCUCUCUCUCUGUCUCUCUCUCUCUCUCUUUCUCUCUCUAUCUCAGGAUGACUAUUCUAAGUACAACUUUUGCUGUAGUUUUCUAUUUAAUUCAUGCUGUUUCUGGAGAAAGUGGCUAUGUGCAGAAUGCUGCUUUCCUAAGUGCGGAAGAAAUUGAAUGAACCGUGAUUUAUAUAUUGUAUAAGAUUAUGCAACAAACAUAUCUUGCCACAUUGGAUGGCUGUCAACAGAUGUUCUUUCUUUUCCUGGUGCCUGGCAUCUACAAAAGUAUCUUCUGUCUAGCUUACAUUGUGUGUUGCAAAGUUACAUAGAAAAAGCUGACCCAUAAGACGCUUGAAUCUACAAGGAGAUUUGGAAGAUGCGGAGUCAGAUACAGAUUACGCAUUCUCCUGCUAUGCUCAGUUGGAAGUGGAUGGAGCCCAGCACUCACUGACCUGUGCUUUUGAUGACCCAGACAUCAACAGCACCAAUCUGGAAUUUGAAAUAUGCAAAUGCAUUUGGCUCCUCCAUGAAAGACAAGGUGGUUGAGUGUGUUUGGAGCUGUUUAUGCAUCUUCUAAUCUGUACCACUGUCCUCAGUGAGAGUCUUGUGGGGAUAGAUUGCAUGAAUCUUAAUAAACUACAAGAGGAGAAAUAUUUCAUCAAGACAAAGAAAUUCUUAAUGAUUGGUCAGAGCAAGAUAUGUGUGAAGCUAAGAGAAGAGAAUCUAGCUUGUAAAAGUGUGGAAAUAGUCCAUAUAGUUAAACCUGAGGCUCCCUUUGACUUAAAAGUUAACUAUCGUCAAAGAGCAAAUGACUUUGAAGUGACAUUUAAUACAUCACACUUGCAAAAGAAAUAUGUAAAACAAUUAAUGCACGAUGUAGCCUACUGCCAGGAAAAGGACGGAAACAACUGGAUGCAUGUCAAUAUAUCCAACACAAGGCUGACAAUCCCACAGAGAAAGCUACAACCUGACGCAAUGUAUGAGAUUAAAGUCCGAUCCAUCCCUCAUAGUGACUAUUACAAAGGCUUCUGGAGCGAAUGGAGUCCAAGUUCCCACUUCAAAACUCCAGAGGCCAACAGUGCAGAAGAGAUGAAUCCUGUUUUACUAACUAUCAGUGUUACCAGCUUUUUCUCUGUGGUUCUGUUGGUCAUCUUAGCCUGUGCAUUAUGGAAAAAAAGGAUUAAGCCUAUUAUAUGGCCAAGUCUUCCUGAUCAUAAGAAGGCUCUGGAACAGCUGUGUAAGAAACCUGAAAAAAAUUUUAAUGUGAGUUUCAAUCCUGAAAGUUUUUUGGACUGCCAGAUUCAUAAGGUUGAUGAUAUUCAAUCUAGAGAUGAAGUGGAAAACUUUCUGCAAGAUACUCUUUCUCCACAACUAGAAGAGUCUGAGAAACAGGGACUUGCAGGGAGUGAGCAUGAACCCAACUGGCCAUCCCAGAUUCCAAUUAUCACCUCAGAAAUUUUCAAAGGAGAAUUACCAAUUAGAAGUCCUGGUGGAAAUGCCAGUGCAUGUAAUCCCUCUAUGCUCCCCUCUUUCUGGGCCCCAGACUGCAGAGAGGGCAUUAGAAGUGGCUCUCAUGUGUACCAAGACCUGCUGCUUAGUUCUGGAACUACAGACAACACCAUGCUCCGACCAUUUCCUCACCAAUCAGGAAUCCUGACGGCGAACCCAGGUGUUCAGGGACAGCCCAUCCUCAGUUCUUUGAGGCAAAAUCAGGAAGAAGCUUAUGUCACCAUGUCUAGCUUUUACAAAAACCAGUGAAUUGUAGGAAACUCAAGACCAUCCCUACUAUAACUGAAGAUAACGUCAGGAAACAACGUCUAGAGUUCUUAUUCUGCUUCUAAACACAUAGAAGGCAAGAUUAAUGCUAUUCAAUCACCUAGUCUUCAGGAUUCUGAAACAUCACUUUGACCUCCUGCUUCAGUUUCCUUCCAUACGAGGGAGGAACAUUCUGAUGUACCAUGUUGGUUAAGUCAUGUAGUGUUUGAUGACCUUAAGACUUAAAGAGCAGGAAUGACUCAAAGAAAAGCCAAAGAAAAGAAUAGAGGGAUGAGAAAAAACAGGGAGAGUAAGGGAAGAAAGAAGGGAAAGAAAUAAGAAUGACAAUUAUUGCCAAUAAGACUUAGUUUAUAUCCACGACUGUGCAAAGUGCAUUUCAUUUGCCUCAUUUCAUUCUUAUAAUAAUCAUCAUUAUUAAUCCCUCUAUAAUAGAUGAUGAAAUUGUGGUUCAGGGCUUAUGAAACUUGUUCAAGUUGUCCAUAAAUGAGGACGAGCCCAAGAUCAGAUGCCCAGAGUCUGACUACAGUCUCCCUGUCGGUGAACCUUUGUUCUUAUAUACAGUCUGUUCCAACUUUUAGUGCCACAGAUAAUUGGAUGGUUAUACAACUUAUUAUCCAAAGGAUCACUUUUGAAAGUGAAAGGGAAAGUUAUAAAUUAUCACUCCAGCACAUCAAGCAUAAUCUGGGAUUGAGCCACAUAAAUGAAGAUACAUAGUUAUGUCAAUUAAAAUUGUUGUGGGAAAGAAAGUGGGGUGAGGGAUAAAUGGACUUCUGAGUAUAAAGUACAAUGAUCAGUCAUAUCAAGAAGGAAGAAAAGGUAAGAAAGGACUAUCAAGCCAAUUUGAUUUUGUUUUUAUGAAAAUGUUAUCAGGAGAGAAUACAUUAGAAGUCCAGAAUUUCUGUUUCUAAUUAUCAAGACCAGGAUUUUCUUGCUGCUACCCCAAAUACAUUUGUCCAGGAUUGCAGAACGUAUCAUGGACCCUGAACAGUGGGGCCUUUGACAAAUAAGGCACUCUUAAGACAAGUAAGGCACUCAGCAACAUCAGCUAGCCCCUCACCCACGGGCUGCCUACCCUGGUGGUACACAGAAUCACACAGGUCGGAGAGAUAGCUCAGGGAAGUAAAAACAGAAGGGUUCAGGGAUUCAUUUAGCAUCUGUUGUUGCUUAUGUAUUAAAUUUUCUUCUUUGUCACUUUAUUUGAUUUAGGGAGAUUAAGUGAUUUUAUUUUUCAAAAUAUUUUUGUGUUUGUCCUGUGUGAUCUGUGACCAAGGUUUACAUUGUGGACUAAUGGAUCCUAUCUAUUGGUAUAAGGCCUAACCAUAAUCAGAACAUUUUGUUCUUCAGAUGAAUGUUUUACUGUCCAAAUUGCUUUCCUCUGAAAUAAUUGUAAUGAAUACAAUUCUGUAAUUGCUUAGGUUUCUUUGUUGUACUCUUACCUUCUUCUCAAACACAGAAAAUCUGCUAUAUGUCAACCAUAGUGUUAGACACAGGAGAUUGGAAGCCAUGUAACCAUAGAAUUCCACUUGAUAAAAUGCAAAAUAUAACAAAAAUGACAACUUGUAAACAAAUUAUUAUCAUGUGAAAUUCUAUAACAGGGUAUGUUGAAAGUACCCUGUUGAGGGCAGAAAAAAAUGCCACAAAAACUUCUUAAGUUGCAUGGAGGAAAGAUGUAAUCUGCCUGGUACGUAAGUAGCAAAAAUGUUUUCCAUCAGGUAGACAGACUUCUUUUCAAUCUUUUGACUUCAUGGGAGCCAAGUCUGAAAGAGAAAGUCACACAAAAUUUCAUGCCUAACCUAAGCCUUUGACACUGUAAUCAUAGGGAUUCUUUGAAGGAUUUAUAAUACUAUAUUUAGUUUAUGAGAACAUGGUGACACAGAGGUCACAAAUUAGUUACUCAUAUUCAUUUGUAUCCCUGUUGUAAACAAACAAUCUCUUAAAGAAAGGAAAAGUAAUCCAGAGAUUUUAAAGGGCCUUAUUCAGCUCUAAAAUGUUCUAUUUCAAUGUUGUUUGGUACUUGCUAUAAUUUUAAUUUGGGGUGUGUGUGUCUGUUAUUGGAAGCAUUUUAAAUUCAUCUAUUACACUUAUAAUGGCUGCUAAUGCUUGAUUAUAGACUCAGAAACAAUAACGAUGUAAGUUUGCUAAUUCAUUCUGCCCGAUCCUCUUUUGAAUUUCUUCAAGAAACAAAAAUUCCUCACCAAAGACAAUGUAUAAGUCAGACAUGUCAACUACCAGCUCCAUGUAGCAUGAAAUAAAGAGUUAACUGAGAGACAGCCAACUAAUUUGGGCCAAAAAACACAAUUGGCUCAAAUGGACUUUGGAUUAUUCAGUUGAUUUUCUAUCAAUUUUGCCUCUCUUUAGUGUGGCUUCCAGAGGAAUUUGCUUCAGAAAAUCCAAGUGUGGUUUACUUCAGAUAUGCAUACUUAUUUUUUUUAGCUCUUGUGGGGGUGAUACUGACCUUAGAACUGACCCAGAAGAUAGUGAGAAUAUGUGGUAAGACAUCUGGAAAUGGUACUUUGUCAGUUCAUUGGUUUGGUCUAUUACCCUUAAAAAUGCUCAUCAUUCACUACAAUGAAGGUGUUUGAUUUACUUGUGUACUUUUUAUAUGCAUUACUGAUAUUUAGCAGAGCUGCUAAGUUUAUAAGUAGAUGAUGUAUGCUGCCAUCUUGUAUUUAAAUAAAUGCUAUUUAACUAGA